AUGGAUAUCUGUGGUGGGAAAAGGAUCAUCCUCAACCCUUCUAAAUUCACCCUCGGCGCAGAGGUUGUCGAAUUCGCAGGCUUUAAUAUCACUACUGACAGUGUCCGGCCAUUCCAGAAAUACCAAAAGGCGAUCCUUGAUUUCCAUGCACCGUCUAAUAUCACCGAUUUGCGGUCAUGGUUCGGACUUGUCAACCAAGUAUCGUAUACCUUCAACAUGACAGAUAGGAUGUUAACAUUUCGUCAGCUCCUGAAGCCCAGUACGCCAUUCGUCAGGACUACUGCCCUCCAGUGUACCUUUGGAGAGCCCAAGGCCGUCAUUACCCGCGAGAUUGAAGAUGGCGUGAGGAUAUUUGACCCAAGAAAGCCUACUUGUCGGGCAACGGACUGGUCUACGGAUGACAUUGGCUUUUGGCUUCUGCACCUGCGAUUGCACUAUCCUCUUAUGCCAUGUCACGGGUUGGAAUGUAACAUUUGCAGGGAGUCGAUUUACUCAUGCUGCUGA